AGUAUACGACCUACACGAGGUCGCAUCAAAAUUUUGGAUAAAGAUAUCUUUAGCUAUAGAACUUUAUGUCGUACAAAAAUAGGAUUUUGUCCUGAUAAAAUCAUGCUAUACGAUGAGUUAACUGCAACCGAGCAUCUGUGGUUUUUCUAUUUCAUGAAGCGACCUAGAGCUAUAAAACUGAAAGGUAAAUGGCGAACGGAAGCCGAAGUGCUGAUACAAAGUCUCGACAUGGACAGUUUUAGAGACCGGCUUGUUUCACAACUGUCACCAUGUCAAAAACGCAAGCUC